AUGGGCAGUAUCGUCGCGUUCGAAGGACAUCCCGAGACCGUAUCAACACAGCUGCGACUCUUACCCACCUCACCUCACAUCCUCAUAUUACCCAGUGUCCAGUGUUAUCUGCCAACGUCAACCGAUGGCGAUGCCUUUACGGCCCCCGAAUACAUUCGCAAAGUUCACCAUGCCGCCAACGCCCGCUAUAAUGUGGCGCAGACCUUCCUGGAGGGAUCGACUGCGUCCAGCAAACGACUCGUUUUCAUGAAUGGCGGAACUCCUAGCGCCCAAGCCUUGUGCAUACGCCAGAUCAUGCGAUACGAGACCCAGGGCGACCAUGUCGAAGCCGAGUCCAUGUUUCACCACUUGGUCAAGGAAGGCUUGGGUAGCUUGCAGAGACAGGCACGCAUAUGGGUUAACGGACAGGCGGACAGCGGGUCACGCUCAUCGCCGUUUACGAUGGACACUACUAUUCCGGAGGACGAGACACUGGAGGCUCUGAGUGAAGAUCCCAUAACAAGGGCGAUGCGAGCAGCCGAGGCCUUGGAUCGCGAGACAGCCAACCUUCAACCCUCUACGGAGCUGGACCUGACCCUGACGAGUCGUCUGCGAAGUCACAGCCUGCCCAUGUACGGCUACUCCGACAAUUUUGGAGACGCUGCACCCUUCUAUGUGUUCGGUGCUCGCAAGAGAGCCAAUAGCGACACCUCCGUCGCCGACGAAGCCGUGGAGGAUGACUAUCCCAAAGUCGGCCCCCCGAGGUUUUCAGUCACUCAUUUCGAGCAAGGGGCCUUUGACCAGCCAAUAGACUCGCCUGUUCUCGACCCCAAGCUGUCGCCAAGCUGCGUCGGUGAGAGCUACGGCCCAACCUUUCUUCACUCACCGCUCUUGGACGCCCUGCCAACGUCGCGCUCCGAAGUCUUUGAUAUCAGGUCACCUGGCGAGGUCACUUUCGGUGAGGCCUCGGUUGUCGAUGUGAGACACACGAUUGCCCCCGUCACAAGGGUACGCUCCCUCGAUGGACUUUGCUCAUCGCCACCAACCAGCAAUGAGGACUCGACCUCCGCGCUACGUCCACUUUCCCGCAGCACUGCCACGGAACAGCAACCCUUGCCGUCGUUGCGGUCGAGAUUUGCCGAUACUUCCCGGACAAUCUCUGUCAGGACCAGGCAUGCGAGUGUGGUGAGCCUCUCGCCUGUGCCUCCGGAGAGAAAGCGCAGGAUAAAGCGAUUGUCCUAUGUCGAUAGAGGAACCAAUGCCGAGGUUAUUGAGGAACCAGUCGAGGUGUUUGUUCCAGUACACCCCUUGACGGAGCACCUUGUUCUGUAUAUGAAGGACGAUGCGCCGGACGCCCUUCUGGAUACAGUCAUCAGAGCCUUCCGUGAUGGGCUCUACCCCAUCCUCGCAAGUAGCACUGCCGGCUCAGACACUGCUACCAUAAACGAUGAGCUCCCGUCAACGCCAGAGUCACACAGCAUACGCGGUGGAGAUGAGACGCCUAAAGCUACUGAGGAGCCCAGCAUUGUCAAGUCGCCAUUGAUAGACCAGGGAGAAUAUGACCCAUUUGCCUACAUACAGGACACUUGGCCGACAUCAAAGACCAAAAAGAUUGGUGUAAAGGUGCACCGGCCCCCCACGCCCCGGAAGACUCCUACGCCAUCAGUGUCGACAGAGAGGGACAGUAGCUUCUAUGAGUUCAAGGUCUGCACGUCACACACCGCCGUUGCGAUACAGAAUGCACUCCGCGCAGUGCUGGAGAGCUACUUUCCUCCUGAAAGCGACGGUUACAAGCAAUUCAGCUUCUCUCUUCUACCGGAACUGGAAGGCCUUUGGAAACCCAUCUUCCGUGAGGCCGAGCCUAGCAGUCCGAGAGCCGACAACCGAAGAAUGGACCAGAUCCUGGCCAUCGGGUCCCAAAAGGGCGUCAAGAAGGAAUACUCGUCUGCCGUCGUCGGCCUGUUGGAUAAGCUCGGCACGAAACGGAGUGGCAUGAGCCGAAGUGGCCGCCUGGAUUUUAGGUAUCUCCUCGCCAACGCCAUGCAAUCCUUCACAAACCAGCCCCUGGCGAACCAAACAUCUGAUAACCCUUUCAACAACGCAUACCUACUCGCCACCCUCAUUGUCCCCCAUCUCGAAACGUACCUGGCGAUGCACGCAGAGGUUAGGUACCUUCUGCUGGAGUAUCCGCCAGAACAUCUUUCGACUAUUCUAGCUUUACAGAAGCUGGUCGGAGUGGACCUCAUGAAAGUGGCCCAGCUCAUCGACUCAGAGAGCUCUGACAUGGCACGAUUCAUGCAUCUACGGGGUGCAUCGAUCAGUAACCAGGUCAAACCCCAAGGUCCCUUGGGCAAGCCUGUUGGCUCGACAUCGGAGACCGACAUUGCUGUGUCACACGCCAACUUUCUACUCACGUCGAAUGCAAGUGACACCGAGAUUGCCACUUUCAUUGCUACAAUCAGGAAGAUUCUUAUGAGCAUAUCACAGUAUUAUGCCCCAGAAGAGCCUCUGCAGCCCCCUGCGCCUCCAAAGAAGCCCUCCGCCGCGAAGCAAAAACCGACACCACUUUUGGGCAGCUUUUCCCCCUUUCCAAGGUCGACAGGGCCGACCAGUCCUAUCACACCUGGAUUCAACAAGUCUGCCAAACCGUCAAACGCGCCGUCGACCCGAGCAGCCUCCAUCGCCGAGACUGUGCGCACAUUCAAGACGUCUCGGACAGGCAAGAGCACCAAGAACCCAAAGUCGAAGCGUGGUCUCGCCAUGACCGAUGGGGCGGAAUCGAUCAUGACCUAUGAUCCUGCCGGCGAUAGCGACUAUGACGAAGAGGAACGAAGGCUCAUGCCCAUCUUCAUCCAGAAGCGCUCGCAGAUGCAGAAACCAAACAGUCGCAAGGCCUUGAAGUUCCUUGGCCUCGCUUGA